CAGUUUGCAAGAUUUGGAUUUUGGACAGUUUAUUACUUGGUGCCUAAAUCACAAAGCUUUACAUCUCUCCAUUUUCUCAUUUUCCACAACUAGCAGAUUCUUAUAUAAACCGAUACAGACAGUGAAAGAGGAAGGAGAGGAGAUAAGAGUAUAUUUGUAUUUCUUUCAUGUGUGUUUGGAGUUAGUAGUAGUAUUGGAGGCAGCUGAUAAUUAUGGAAAGGUACGAGGUUUUGAAGGUCAUAGGGUCUGGGAACUUUGGUGUGGCCAAGCUUGUGAAAGAUAGAUUCACUGGUGAACUUCAUGCUGUCAAGUAUAUUGAGAGAGGGCAGAAGAUUGAUGAACAUGUGCAGAGGGAAAUCAUGAACCAUAGGUCUUUGAAGCACCCCAAUAUAAUUAGAUUCAAGGAGGUGUUGCUAACACCAACUCAUCUAGCCAUAGUCAUGGAAUAUGCUGCUGGAGGAGAACUUUUUGAAAGAAUAUGCAGUGCUGGGAGAUUCAGUGAAGAUGAGGCAAGAUUUUUCUUCCAACAACUGAUAUCAGGAGUCAGUUACUGCCAUUCAAUUGGAAUAUGCCAUAGAGAUCUUAAGCUGGAAAACACACUUUUAGAUGGAAGCUCAGCACCACGCCUUAAAAUAUGCGAUUUUGGCUAUUCUAAGGCAAUCACUUUUGAAAUUCUUCAGCUCCCAAUACAGUUUGCCUGUGAAUUCAGUUUUACUAACCAGUGUAGGUAAUUUUUUAGUCAUCAGUGUUGCAUUCCCAACCCAAAUCUACCGUAGGAACACCAGCCUACAUUGCUCCAGAGGUCUUAACCAGAAAAGAAUAUGAUGG